CUCCCCUUGUUUGGGGUUGGAAAUGACAGUCUGUGAGAAGGACGAGGAGGAGGGAGAAGUUAGCGCUGCAUUGUCCGAUAAACGAGCAACGACUGAGUCUUUUAGAGUUAAACUGUGGAUAAGAAAAAUUCAACCCGAACUACGGCUGGUUGGAUAAAAACUAAGUCUUCAUAACGAGUUCACACUUGGAUCUAGCUGCCAAAGAAGUACGUGGACGGCUCGGAAACAGAGUGAAGGUAUCAUGGCCACCCUGUUUACUGAGCUGCCCUCCUAGACUUGCCUGAUAUUUAAAUAUUCUUACCUGAACAUCCCUGUAAGCCACAAAAACACACCCAUUUUUGACUUUUGGUGUGUAUGAGGGAUGACAACCUCCCAUCUGAACGGCCAUGUUGCUGGAGAGGGAGGAGGAGGAGGAGAAGAUGAAGAACUGAAGGGAGGACAGCAGCACCGGGAAAUGGCCGUCGACUGUCCGGGAGAGCUGGGGAGCCGAACGCUACCGCUCAGACGAUCUGCACAGCUGGAGAGGAUACGACAGCAACAGGAGGAUCUUCGUCGUCGUAGAGAGGAGGAGGGUCGGCAGCUGGACCUAAAUACCUCGCUCAGACUCAGGAAGCUCUCCCAGCAUCCCCACAUCGGCAUUGACAACCCCACAUUCCUGCAAGACUCAGACACAUCGCAGCCAGCACUCAGCAUCCAGCACACACACGCACUGAUAGAGUUGGAGGAGCUGCUGCUGUCACUGAAGCAGGUCCGAGGCUGCCUGUCCGACCAGCAGAGUCAGAUUGACAUAGAGCAUGUUCUUGCACUACUAAACAAGUCUGACUUCCAGUCAGCGCUGAAGAUCCAUAAUGCAGUGGCCACCAGCAUGCACCGACCCUCUCCUCCAUACCCACACACACACCAGUCCCUUCAGCUGGCCAUGGAGGCCAGGAACCUCAUCCAGUCAAGUCAGAACAAAGAUGGUCUUGAACUCCACAGCCUGCUCUCAGACACACACAUCCAGUCAUUGCUCCUGGCCCAUGACACAAUAGCAGAGACAGAAAUGCAGCCUGAGCCGCUGCCCGCCCAAGGAGAAACAAUGACCCAGUGGGGAGGAGAGACUGUCAAGAUAGUUCGCAUCGAGAAAGCCCAAGACAUACCACUGGGGGCAACUGUUCGUAAUGAAAUGGACAGUGUCGUGAUCAGUCGUAUUGUUCGAGGUGGAGCAGCUGAACAGAGUGGACUUCUAUCAGAAGGAGAUGAAAUACUGGAGAUAAAUGGCAUAGAGAUCAGAGGGAAAGAUGUCAACCAGGUCUUUGAUAUUCUUACGGACAUGCAUGGCCUCCUGACCUUUGUGCUUAUUCCCAGCACUCAGAGCAAACCUCCUCCUGUCAAAGAGUCUGUGACACAUGUGAAGGCACAUUUUGACUACGACCCAUCAGAUGACCCCUACGUGCCGUGCAGAGAGCUGGGCUUGUCUUUCCAGAAAGGAGAUAUUCUCCACAUUAUCAGCCAGUCAGACCCCAACUGGUGGCAGGCUUACAGGGACGGCGAUGAGGAUAACCAGCCAUUAGCUGGACUAGUUCCAGGGAAGAGUUUCCAGCAGCAAAGAGAAGCCAUGAAACAGACCAUAGAAGAAGACAAGGAGCCGGAGAAGUCUGGGAAGCUAUGGUGUGCAAAGAAGAACAAGAGGAAGAGGAAGAAGCUGCUGUUCAACACUCACAGGAAUGAUGACAUUGAGAAUGAGGAGAUUCUCACCUAUGAGGAGAUGGCUCUGUACCACCAGCCGGCCAAUAGGAAGCGGCCGAUUGCACUGAUUGGUCCAACCAGCUGCGGGCAAGCAGAGCUUAGACAGAGACUGCUCAACAGUCAACCAGAACGUUUUGCUGGAGCUACACCCCACACCACACGGAGCCGGCGAGAUGGAGAGCUGGGUGGUCGAGAUUAUCACUUUGUGUCUCGUCAGACCUUUGAGGCAGAACUUGCAGCAGGAAAGCUCAUCGAGUCUGGUGAGUUUGAGAAGAACCUGUACGGGACAAGUACAGACUCAGUGCGACAGGUCAUCAAUACUGGAAAGAUCUGUGUGCUCUGUCUGCACACACAGGCUCUAAAGGUGCUGAGGAGUUCAGACUUAAAGCCUUACAUCAUCUUCAUAGCUCCGCCCUCCCAGGAAAGACUUCGAGCCCUAUUGGCUAAAGACAACAAGAACCCCAAGCCCGAGGAGCUGCGGGACAUCAUUGAGAAAGCCCGGGAGAUGGAGCAGAGCUGCGGUCACCUGUUUGACGCCGUCAUCGUCAACACAGACCAGGACAAAGCCUACAACGAGCUUCUACGACUCGUCAACAAACUGGACACUGAACCCCAGUGGGUGCCUUGCUCCUGGCUGCGCUGAACACGCUUACAUAUUCACACACCAUCAUAGAGUGACAAUGAAGUACACAUUUAUAGGUUCAACAAACUGGAAGUGAUGACGGAGUAUCAUGCCCACUGUUAGGACAAAACAAAUCUGAGAUUUUGAGAGUUGCAAUGUUAUGAUAUAAAGUUGUAAUUUUACAAUAACAUUUCAUAAUAUUAUGAAAUUAAUUCAUUGAACUGUAUUAAAACAAUCUAUAAUAUUAUGAGAUAAAUAAUUAUACAAGAAAAAGUCUGACUUUUUUGAGAAUAAUUUGUAAAAGAUGAGUCAUAAUAUUAACAAAUAAAGUUGUAAUUUUCUGCAAAUUUUGUGAUUUUCAAAAAGUCUUAAAAUUGAAAGAACAAAGUCAUACUAUUACAGGGAAAAGGUUGUUAUUUCUUAAGAACAAAAUGAUGUACGUUAUGAUAAAAUUGCUAUGACUUAAUAUCCUUCCAGAUAUUAUACGAAUGUACUUAUUAGUGAAACCUAUAGCUUCAGCUUAUCUAUAUUCCCUCAUCGGCCACAUAAAAGCUCACUGUUUACUUUGGCUGUUAAUUAAAAUAAAGAUCUCGUCAUUUGUAAUCUUUCUUGUAAAUCCAUGACUUAAAUAUAUUGUUCCAUUCUUAACAUGGGACAUUUUCUUCUCAAAAUGACCUUUUAUUCCACAAUACUUCUCAAAAUAUAAUUUUUCUAGUAAAAUUAGGCCUAUAUCUCAAAAAAGUACAACUUUAUCCUAAAAUAUUAGAACUUUUUUAUACUAGUAUAUAAACUCCUUAUUCUUGUCAUUUUAUGACCUUAUAAAAUUCUGCUUUCUUGUAAUACAUUUUCUUUUUUUCUUUUUUGUAUCGAAAUCUCAGAUUUGAGGUUUUCUUAACAUUGACCCUUAUACUCCGUUGUUCUGCAGAGAGUAGAUACUCGGCACACAAUCAGCAUCUUCUAGAAUGUAUUGACCUGUUGGCACUGAUAAUGAUACAUACAUGCAAUUUAAACUUUGUGUGUAUUUACUGUCCUCAACAAGUGAUCUUGGUUGGUGCCUAACUGCUCCAUAAUGUUUAUUUUCAGCAGUGACUUUUAUACGACACUGAUCUUUCUUAUCACAAUUCUUAGUGAGACCAAAAUAUGGACCUGGAAAAUACUUUUGUUUUUCUGUUUUAUUUUAAACGAUAAAUGUGGGGCUUCCUCUAUAUAUUGCAUAUUUUGCUUUUAUCUUGGAAUCAUUUCAACAAUAAUAAUUACAAAUAUUUAAAUUAUAAAUCUAUGUAAAAAUAUUUUUUUUGAUUCAAGCAUCUUAGUUUUGUAUUAAAUUACUCAGCCAUGGUGUUUUUCCCGAGCAAAAGACAUGUAGAAAUAAGGCCCAUGGUAAGGAGUAAAUGUGAAAAUCACACAGACAUUAAGUACUAAUUUAAAUCUACACUGAGCCACAGCAUUUGUUGCUAUGAAGAACACUCACUCACAGUUCCGUCUGUACACACAGUGCAUUAGAUGCUGACUUCCCUUCUGUACUGGGAAGUCUGACCAUUUAUGGCCUUAAGCGGCAGGCUACUUAAUCCUGACUGACUGACUGAUCAGCUGGUCUUUUGACUGGCUCUACUGUUAAAAUGCACACUAUUGCAAUGAACACUAAAAUAAAGGACACAGCACUUGAUAUUUUCUGUCUGACUUUUAUUUUCUGCCUCUUUUUCCUGACUGACCUAUGACAGACUAUCUUGUUAGCUGACUCCUGUGUGGUCACAUUUAAGUAGAAAUGACCUCUGAGCCUGAUCCCAGAGGGGUGAGUGGGUAAAGAAAACGUGGAAGUUGUAGUUUUAAGUUGUGUUCCUGCUCGACACAUGAUGCUGAAUUUAUUAUAUAUUUUGUGUGUAUGGCUGUGUGUGUGUGUGUGUGUGUGGCUGUCUUUGAAGACUGUUAAGUAUUAUUAUGACCUGAAGUAGAGCUGACAAAAUAUCACUGUUAUCACUGGGUAGAGCAUUUAUAUAUUUGUAAUGUUGAAAAUAGAUUUAUGAAGUCCAGAAUGCACCAAUAGGUUUGCAGGUUCCACCUUUUGCCUCAACUGCCAUUAGUCCAGGAGGAAGAAGGGGCGGAGCUAAGUGGACUUAACGGUAUUGAAUGUAAAGUUAAUUGUUACCACUUCUUGUUUAUCAGAAAUCACUUCUUCCUGAGUAAAUCUACUUUUUGUAUAAAUAUUCACAACAAAUAAAUAAAUAGAUGAUUGAUAGAAAA